CGGCCCCCCCGCCACGGAGCAGGAGUCACGGAUCCGUCAGCGCUCGGUCGGGCGGUGCGCAUUUGGACCCGACAGUGUCCCGGGGACGAAUACGCGUCGAAGCGUUGCGCGGUGCCUCUCCCUGUCCCACUGACCCCAAACAGAGGAAAUAAUCACACCGGUUGAGGACAUUUGGGGUAUUUUUUCUGGACAGAAUGGCCGGCGCAGAGUGCCUCUUGAAAACACCGAGUAACUUCCAGUCGUCUGCCAUGUUUGAAGGCUCGGAGGCGGUCAGGGUGGAGGGAGGCAGCACGGAGAGCCCCGUGCCUGCGUCCAUCAGCGCCUGCAAGAAGGUCCUGUGCAGUAACAGCGUGCUGGACUCGCCGGAGUACUGGCAGAGGAACGGGAAGGCUCUGUGCAGACUGGGCCUGCUGGACGACGACACCGAGGGCAGCUGCACCACGAUCUGUUUUGUAAAUCUGGACCCUCAAAAAACUGACUAUAGAGAGGAAAAAUGCAUCAAGAAAUUGGCAUCAGUGUCUCCAGACCUGCCGAAGCUUGUUGAAUUGCUGAGUGUUCACCAGCCGAAAGAAAACGAGAUCCUACUGCUCGGUGGCCUUGAAGCUUCAGAUACACACCCACUCUCCCCCUCUCAGGGUGGGCAGCAGCAGAGAAGUACGGGCGUGUGCCUGGUUCAGUGUUCAGGGCCGAGACGCUCCAGCCAACCUGGCAACAUCAUCGUUGAGGUCAACAAGUUCCUGAUUGGUCUCCAGUGGGGGAAAGAGCUGCAGCUUCAGCAGGGCCGAGCAGCCAGGCAGCGGAUCGACGACGACACUAAUCGCUCCAUCUCGUCCAUAGAAGAAGACUUCCUGACGGCCUCAGAACACCUGGGGGAUGACAGCGAGGACGAUGGUCUCAGAAAUGAACCAGAGAGUGGCGACCUGGCAGAAACCUCGGUAGAGGUUGCGCAGAAACAUGGCGUCAGACUUGCAUGUCAGAGGGGACCGCUGGCCAAUUACCAGAACAGGGAGGAGGCGGAGGUAAAAAAAGAAGGGCACCAGCGAGCAAGCCUUCAUAAUAAAGAAUCAGCCGGUCACUACGCCACCAAUCUGGCCGAAUCGGUACUGCAAGACGCCUUCAUACGGCUGUCUCAAGAUGAAACCUGCUUUGUCUCGGAGGCUGCUGUAAGCGUGUCCCUCUCCGGUCGUACACCUGACGCUGCUCGUCCUCCAAAGACCAAAGAACCUUCCCAGCAGCGUACUUGCUCCUUUGAACUCCCCAAGAUUGUGAUAGUUCAAAGCCCGGACAAUUCUGACGGAGAGCCAGAAUGGCCUGAGGCGGCGGCCUCCCAUGUGCCCGGCCAGGAUGUCGCUGUCGACGCCCAGGAGACGCCAGAUAACGGGACACAGGCUCCAGCGCCCCACCACAGCGGGGGACACCCGGCGAAACACGUCGACGUGGCUCUGGCGUGUGCCGCCAGUGUCAUCGGCACCAUUACCAACCCGCAGCUGGCUGAACAGCAUGCCAUGGAAUCGGCGUCAGAGGGAGACACGGAGGAGGAGCUGCCGGAACGAGAGGAGAGAGCCGACUACUCCUUCUCCUCGGCGAUGUGCGGCAUGGCUCAGGUGGCUGGCGCUGUAGCCGCCGUGGAGCUCACAGAGCCGUCGGCGGAGUGCGGGGAUUCCGACGCCGAGUCCCUUGAAGCCUACACGGCGUCCUGUGGUCUGAUGUCUGCCGCCAAAGCCUCCGCAGCCAUCCCGCUGCACUGCAGCGUGGCCGAGGGCACCAGUGUGGAAGCGUUUCGCGCCAACAUCGCCGAGGUCCUACACAGGGAAGCGGCGGAGGUUCUGACUCAGCCGCAGGGCUACAGGAGUGUCGCCCACCUGCUGGAGGCCACGCAUAACAAGAUAGUCGAUGGCAUCACUUGUCCAAAGCGCUCCUACAUGGAUGAAAGAGAAGUGGAUGACCUGAUAAAUGAGGUGGCAGACAGCCUGUUCAAACAUGCUUUAGAGAAAGCAAAAAAGAAAAAAGAACUGGAGGGUAAUGGAAAAGAUGCCCCAGGCCUUCAGGUCUUUCUGCAGGACAGUGUUAACAACUUGCUGUUUGAUAUCCUUUGCCUGACACAGAAGAAAAUCUGUCAUAUCUCAAGAUGUGAUCAAGGGUCCUACGAGACACAAGAGGGCAACACGGGUGCUAGGGAGCCAUCUGCCACCAAAGAGAGCAAGGAUCCCUUCGGUCAAUUACAGUGCUUAGUUGGCCACGGCCAGUUCAGCAAUAGCGGGAACCAGUGCAGCAUCUUUCACUGCACAGAUAAGCUUACCAUGGUUCCUGGGCUGCGGGAGAAAUAUGUGCUUGAGGAAAAUGAUCUGAUAUCGUCUUUCUCCACAGCACACGGCAAAGAGAAACAACAGCAGUCGUCGUGCAGACAAAGUCAUUCUAAAUCCACCUAUCUGCCUGCCAAGGAUUUCUCUGAACACCAGCAGGGCAGUGGUGCCUUCAGAGAACCUUUGAGUGAAAUCCAAGUCCACAACACGGACCGAAGAGGACGAGUAGUGAUAGCCAGUGACGACAGACAGGCCUCCCUCACACCUCAGUCCUCCCUCAACUCUUGCAGUUCUUUGCUCUCUUGGAGAAUGGAUUCAGAAUCCAGGACACCUAUCACUUGCUAUGCUGAUGAUUUGGCUGCUACAGUUGUGUCCAUGGCCACAGAACUGGCCGCCAUCUGCCUCGAAAACAACACUGGGAAACAGCCUUGGUUCUGUGCCCUGAAGGGGACAUCUACUGAAGGGCCAGAGGCCUACUUGAUCCCCGCUUGCCGCACAGUGCUCAGGAGGAAAGAAGCGCACAGCGGCAACGCCGCCUCCAAGAAACACCGCGCGCCGCGCCUCAGUGAGAUCAAGAGGAAGACGGAGGAGCAACCGGAGCUGAUGGAGCGGCUGGUUAACCGGGUGGUGGACGAAUCGGUAAACCUAGAUGAACCACAGGACCCGUUUGCCCUCUUCGCCUCCGAAGUCACGGCAAGGAUCAUGAACUGCCCGGAGCUGAACGUGGUGGACACCUCCAAAACCGGCCAGCCGCGCAGCAGGUUGCAGUGUGAGAGGUGGAGCCGCGGGAAGGCCUCUAGCUACGAGAGCAUUCCAGAAGAAGAUGCCGACCCCACAGGAACGCCCAACACCUUGGGCCCCGGCAGUCGGUUGGGUCAGAACUUGAGCCGCGGUAGCUCCAUCUCUAAGCAGUCCAGCUGCGAGAGCAUCACCGAUGAGUUUUCCCGGUUCAUGGUGAACCAGAUGGAGACCGAGGGCAGGGGCUUCGACCUGCUCCUGGACUACUACGCAGGAAAAAAUGCCAGCAGCAUUUUGACCGCGGCCGUGCAACAGGCCGCGUCAAAGAAAAACGGUCACCUCAAUGUCCGGACCUCAUCCUGCCUGUCCAAGCAGUCGAGCACGGAGAGCAUCACGGAGGAGUUCUACAGGUUCAUGCUGCGGGACAUGGACAAGGAAAACAGAGAGUAUGGCAUCGCAAAGACUAAGGAGUGGAGCAACAGCCUGUUCCCCCCUUCCAGGACACCCUUCUGUAUACGACAGUCCUCUGUCCCGGACCGCCGCUCCUCAGACUCCAGACUGACUGUCAACUCGCCCAUAAAAGCAAAUUCCUUCGACGGAUUUGCCCGCAACGUGCGGGGAGACACCCUGAAUGUCUUCCCCACCAACUCCGUGUCGGCCACAGGACUGUGCAAGUCAGACUCCUGCCUCUAUCAACGGGGUCGGACUGACCAUAUUACCGAUAUGCUGAUCAAUGAGACCUGGUCGAGUUCCAUUGAGUCCUUGAUGAGAAAGAACAAGAUCAUUGCUGACCCAGAGGACAGCAUUGAGCUGGAGGCCGCGGGAGACUCCCAGCCCCACGUGCAACAGUUCGCCGAUCGCCUGGCAGCGGAUAUUGUAGAUAUUGGCAAGUCUGCCCUGGGGGGCCAGCAAGAUGUGGCCGGGGGUACAGCUGGGUCAAUAUCACAGCCGUACAUGCCUGUUGGCGAAAGAAGGAGGGGGUUCAAACAGUCUCACCUGACUUGCGGUCGAAGUAGGUCCAAUCAAGAGCAGACUGGUAUUGGCGCAGGGUCCGGGACUGUCGACGGCGGCGCGCCCCGUAUGAGGGGCCCCAGAGGGGUGCCGCUGAUCCACAUCGAGGGGGAUCAGAGGGAUGAAGAGACUCCGUCAAAUCCCGAAAGGACAGUGGGAGGACCUCAGGAAACACCCGCAGAAGUGUCGGCCACGAGGCGCACAGAGAGAGCUCCAGGCAACAGCAGCGAGAGGGACAGGCCAACCGCGGCGGGGGCUGCGGUAGUGAAGAGCGCCAAGCGCUCUAUGAGCGCUAGCAGCGAAGAGAGCAUGGGGAGCUGGUCCCAAAUAACCCCCGAGGAUGACCCCCACGAGGAGACCAGUAGUUUUAUCCAGCUGAGCGAGGGGAACGGGACCAGCAGCGCGUCGAGCCUGGGCCCGGCGGACCUGGAGGCUUUUUCCGAUGUGCCCAGUCAGAUGACAGCAAUCAGUGAACAGACAGAGAAAGGACAUCAGAGGGGAACAAAGGAAAAUGCCUUCGAGGGCGGGUCAGAGAGGUCAUCGGGCGCAAGCAGCAACCUCCGGGUGCUGUUGGUGGUGAACUGCGACGUGGAGGCCGGAUGCGUGGACUCGGAGCUCAGAGUGGCCCUGCAGUGGAUCGCCGCCUCCGAGCUGGGCCUCCCUGCUCUUUACUACAGGAAGUCCAAAGACAAGGGCGCUGCAAAGUUUCAGAGGGUGGUCCACCUGAUGUCUCAGAGGUCGUGGCGGAUUGCAGACUUGUUCCGCGCGGUGGUCCAGUUCUGUGAGCUACACGAGAAAGAGGAAGAGGAGGGUCGGCCUCUGUCCAGCCUGUUUGAUUGGCUGUUGGAGACCCUGUAGGGGCCCCGAAGCCGCCGCCUACUGCAAAGCAAAAAGACACGUAUUCGCUGACCCCUCGAACAUCCCACGUGUUCCCAACCCGAUCGCGUCUCAUCACCCCAAAUGUCUCCCACUGCAAGUUGAAAGCACAACACGAUCCGCAAACUGUAUGCACCUCAAUCUGUCAAUGGAAGUUGUGUUUAGUAUCUUUUGGCAGCCAUGGAUGGACCAGUCUCCCUUUAACAAAAGCAUGUUUCUAUUUCCACAAUCACCUCUCUAGUGAGACACACACACACACACACACACUUUUUUUUUUUUUUU